CCAUCGGCUCCAACGGCCCUUCGAGCCGCCCGUUUCCAUCUCAGCGCAUCCCGCCCGGCCGCAGGCACCAUGAGGCCCCGGCACGUCGCAGCGCCCACGGCCACCGUCCUGCUGCUGCUGCUCCUGCUGUGGGCCCAGCCGUCCGCCGGCUGCAACAAGGCCCUGUGCGCCAGCGACGUCAGUAAAUGCCUCAUACAGGAGCUGUGUCAGUGCCGCCCAGGGGAAGGGAACUGCUCCUGCUGUAAGGAGUGCAUGCUCUGCCUCGGCACGCUUUGGGAUGAGUGCUGUGACUGCGUUGGUAUGUGCAACCCUCGCAAUUACAGUGACACGCCGCCAACAUCCAAGAGCACUGUAGAGGAGUUGCACGAGCCGAUUCCUUCGCUUUUCCGGGCGCUCACAGAAGGGGAUACCCAGCUGAACUGGAAUAUUGUUUCCUUCCCCGUUGCAGAAGAACUGUCGCAUCACGAGAACCUAGUUUCCUUUUUAGAAACGGUGAACCAGCCGCAGCAUCAGAACGUCUCUGUUCCCAGCAACAACGUCCACGCACCUUACUCUAGUGACAAAGAACACAUGUGUACUGUGGUGUAUUUUGAUGACUGCAUGUCAAUACAUCAGUGCAAGAUCUCUUGCGAGUCCAUGGGAGCAUCCAAAUACCGAUGGUUUCACAACGCCUGCUGUGAGUGUAUUGGGCCAGAAUGUAUCGACUAUGGCAGCAAAACAGUAAAAUGUAUGAACUGUAUGUUUUGAAGCAGGAAAAUUGAAAUACAGUGAUAUGGAGGCCAAAGAAUCCCUCUCAGUUCAGAGCUGGGGAUUGGAAAACGCUGCCUUGUGGUGGAGUGCCUACUGGUUGCAAUUAAAUGUAGCUGGUUGAAAAAAAAGAUGUAUAAAAUUUGAAACUUUUUUUUUUUUUAAUUCAAGCAAGGCUAACUUGUAGAUGUUUCAACAUUAUGUUUUAAGUUUAUUUUUCUUUGUUUCUGUUGGAAUGGUACAGCCAUGCUCAUCCUUGCUGUUCUGAUUGUUUUCCUCUGACAUGAAACUAUUGACUGUAUUGGUUUUCGGAGUGUAAUACUAUAGCGAGUAGUUUAGAGUAGGGAAACCUUAAGAAUGUGGUAAUGAGAUUCCCACCAUCAAAGUUCAACAAAUAAUUAAAUGGAUACUGAGUUGAAGAGGGAGAGUUGUUCUUUAGGUUUUGGCCUUUGUUUUUGUUUUCAAACUUUGUUACGCUCCAUUUUCUGAGCAUAGCCUUCUAUCGUGAAAAUGAUAUUUGAGGAAAAAGAAGAAGUAAUGCUUUCCCUUCAAAUUCAAAAUGUGGGCUGUCAUGGAUAUAAUCCUGGCUUCUUAGAAGGGCUGCCCAACAAAACACUGUAUGGGACACUUGUACAAGUUUUGUUUGCCCUGCACUUUUCAGUACAUUGGGAACAGAAAAAAAUCUUUUCAGUCUUUUCUUGAACAUGAAAAUAAGGCUGUUAGGUGCAGUUGCAUCUCCCUCUUUUUGCACUGUUCUCUAGGGUCUCUUAGUUUCUGAAGAUUCAGUGCAGUAAAGGGAGCGUGAAAGUUUAUUAUGAAUUUAAUGACUAAAUGAAUAAAGAAGAAUGAAACAGCAUGAACUAGGAAGUGCUACGGUUGAUCAGUUGGCAGCAGACAUGUUCACAUUUAGUUUGCUCUGAAUAUUUUUUCCAAAACUUAAUUCUUUUUUUUCCCAUGAGAUGUUGUCAUUGAAGAUGUGUCCUCAAAGGCAAAGUUAGGGUGCUCUGAGUAUAGAACCUUGUCCAUGUCUAAGAAAGAAUUUUAAUAUGUUGACAGUUACAUGGCGAUUGUUAUGACCCAAGGAAAUCUCCACUGAUAAUGGUACUAAGUACAGGAAUAAAGUGUGUGAGUAGUUAAGGAUCAGCUUCCGGUAUUUAUAAUGGUGUGUUUUAUAACUCCUUGUUGUUUGUUUGUUUGUUUUUAAUGCAGAUAUGCAUAUAUCUAUAUGCACACACAAAGAAUUUGACUAGUCGUGUUUCUCUCACUAACCUCAGUCUAGAGGGAUUAAACUGUUUUCUAGUCACACCUGUGUAUCUGUACCAUGUACAAAUGAAAGCAGUCAUUUUACAUUUAUUUUACUGAAAUGUUGCCUGAGUGUUUUUUUCAUUUUCAUACAGCUCUUUCAUCAAGACAAUAUAUAAAUACUCUUGUGAAGUAACGUUACUUUCUUCAGUCUCUUUUUCAGCUGUAAAGAAGUACUUGAAAGAUGAGUAUUUGUUUUGAACUAGUAGAUAAUGGAGUACCUGCAUACUUUAAACUUGCAAUUAAAUGAUAAAAAGUCAUAGAUGUGAAUAGAAGAACCUAGCUUGUAAUGAAGGAGUUGAUCUUUGCAUAUUUGACAAUUCAUGUUAUCUUUUCUUUUUGUUAAUUUUCUUAAAAUGAAUGGAGAGGGAGAGUAUGUUAGGAGUAGCUGUGCCUGCUUCUGGCUGGAGGAUGAUGCGUUGUUCUUCACCAAGACAGAAAGCAUGUAGUAAGCAUUCCUGCAGGUCGCUAGCACGUUUAAGACUUCACAACGUUAAAUUAUUUGAAACACUAUCGUAGUUCAGAAUCUUCCGUGAGAGGAAAAAAAACAAAACAGGGCUGAUGUUUCUGGGUAGGCACCGGCUGUCGUGGAUCUGUGACACCGACUCCACUCACAUCACCAGAAUUUCACUGUGAGGUCAAGUCAAAGGAGUAGCGAGGGCGGAGGGGACUUGCCUAGCAUGUGUCCGGGAAACACUGGGGGAACGGCAUAAAAUUGUAAAUACAUUUGUCUGCGUAAUGGCCUGAGAGUAGGUGGUGAGGAUGCACACUUUCUGGGGCUUGCCUUAUUUUUUGUAAUUCUUAAUGCUGUCUAGAGUUUGCUGUAAGCAUUGCCUGUAUGCUAAUGCCAUACAGCAAUAGCAAAUGUAUUUUAUUACGAUGAGUGUUUUAAGAGGUAUUUUAAUAAAAAGACAUUACUGUU